UGAAUUCGAUUUUUUCCCCUGACCUGAAAUUCAGAAUGUGAUUACUUUCUGAGACAGAUCUCCCCGCUGUCAGUCACCGGUUGCGUGCGCAUUGAGAAGCAGGAUGAUUUCGUUGUCAUGAGAAGCCAAUUUAGAGUUCGAGACGUGUGUUGGUGUGCAGUGGACCGUGUUCUCGUGGUAAGGUCUAUACCCCGCGAUUGACACUUGUUGGCCACUAACAUCGAGCUGGUGAUGGGAGAGAAAUCAUCUGCUAUUCAUCCCCAGUGAGUUAAAAUAGUUGUUUUCCUCCUGGAUCACUGUGGAAGGCAGCAGGUUCUAGAAGCAUCAGUAGACCACCAUAUAAUCCUGAGAUGUCUUGGCUGAGGUUGAGCUGGCUGGAAACACAAGUGGAGCUGUUGAGGGGCUACAGGUUUCGCUGUGGGGGUGAGGAGGAACGCCUUGUGUUUGUGCAGAGGGAUGAGCUGAGCAGAACCUACGGCGAUGACGGAGAAAGUCACGGGGAGCCCUGUGUGUCCAGCCAAGUGACAUUUUGCGAUGACCUGCCUGUCACACCUACGGGUGACAACCAGAGCGUCACCUGUCCCAAGAUCAGCACCUGGGAAGCGGGCUGGAAUGUGACCAAUGCCAUCCAGGGUAUUUUUGUCCUGGGGCUACCCUACGCACUGCUUCAGAGUGGCUUGCUGGGCUUGCUCCUCCUUGUCCUGGCUGCCGUCAUUUGCAGCUACACUGGUAAGAUUCUGGUUGCCUGCCUUUAUGAGGAGGACGAGGUGGGACAUCCUAUUCGGGUGAGGAGCACCUACGAAGACAUCGCCAACGCCUGCUGCGUCCACUUCUGUCCCCGUCUGGGGGGAGCGGUCGUCAACACAGCCCAAGGGGUCGAGCUGAUGAUGACCUGUAUCCUCUACCUAGUGGUCAGUUGUAACCUUGCAGGCCAUAGCUUUCCAUACCUCCCUUUGCCCCCGGUUGCAUGGUCCAUCAUCACCUUUCUCACCCUCAUGCCUUGCAUGUUGAUUCGGGACCUGCACGUGGUCUCCAGGCUCAGUCUGCUCUGCUCCCUGGCCCAGUUCCUCAUCACGUUCAUCAUCAUUGCCUAUUGCCUGCUGAAGGCUCCCCACUGGUCCUGGACAUGGAUGGCUGUCUCUGUAGACUUUGAGAAGUUCCUUGUGUCCAUUGGGGUCAUCAUCUUCAGCUACACCUCUCAGAUCUUCCUACCCACCUUAGAGGGAAACAUGGAGGACAGGAGUGAAUUCUCCAGCAUGAUUACUUGGACUCACAUCAUCGCCUGCGUCUUCAAAACCACCUUCUCUGUCCUUGCCUUUCUCACUUGGGGCAAGGAGACAAAGGAGGUGAUAACAGACAACCUUCCUGCCACUCUGCGUACUGUGGUCAACCUCUGUUUGCUAGCCAAGGCGCUGCUCUCCUACCCCCUGCCCUUCUACGCAGCCACUGAGGUCCUACAGACGUACAUUACAAAGCGCCGUGCAGACCAGGCCAGUGGGGUCAGAACAAAGUUGCUGCUUCGGGGCAGCCUCCUUCUGCUGACCUUCCUGAUGGCCACUUUCAUGCCCCACUUUUCGCUACUCAUGGGACUGACGGGCAACGUCACCGGAGCAGCCAUGAGCUUUCUGCUUCCAGCCCUCUUCCAUCUGCAGCUCAAAUGGACUAAACUCAACUGCAAGCUUAAGAUCUUUGACAUCCUCAUCUUAGGCCUGGGCUCACUCUGUAGUUUAUCUGGGCUCGUGUGCUCUGUUAAAGGAAUGAUUGAAUCUUUCGGGAACAAAUAAUCAUGUGGUCUGCUACAUACUGUCUCUCUGUAACAUCUGUAAUUAUAUUCUAUGGAUGUGUUAGGAAAUUUUAUUUGCAAAAAAGAAACAAGCAAGUUUUUAGGUCUAGCUUAAAUUUUGCAGUGAAAAUCGGCAAUUGCAGGAUGUCUGACUUUCUUUCAAGAAAAUAAAGGUUGUUGUGAAGGAACAGGAGCCGCAGUACACACAGGGAAGAUGGCAAAUAGCUGAGUCUGAAGAGAUGCCGUUUGUCUUUGUUAUCAUGGAAAUUCUCCCUUCAGUCGCUGCACUUUCUUAUUGCUUCAGCAUAACUGCCAAGAGGCGAAAGUAAAUCAUCUGCAGCAGCAAUCCAUCAAAAGAAUACAUUAGAUAUAUUUAAUCUUUAUUCUUUUAUUAGUUGCCAGAGAUGUCAGGUUUUGUUUUGCUAGUCUUCAUUUUCAGUCAAGUGCUACUGUGAAAUUUUCUGUAUCUAGGUGUUAUGUGUAACUUAAACAGAGAUGUAUUAAGUUGCAGUUUCUUUAUUAACUAGUUGAUGUAAAACACAGUAAAACGUGACAGAAAUGUGCUUCACGACGUUACUGUCAAUAUUCUGGGUAAUAGCUGCUCCCAAAAGACAAAUCUAGCAACAAUGCAGCAGAUUCUAAGAUAAUUAAACUAAUCAAAUGAUU